UGCGUCGUGUGUCGUGCGUCGUGCGUCGUGCGUCGUGCGUCGUGUGCGUCACGUUCGUCACAUACGCGAGUGGUCGUCGCGCCGCGCUCGCACAGUGGACGGUUCAGUGCGCGCGAGCGAUGCGGGCGCUGCGGCGGCGCGCGUGAGGCAUGGCGGCGGCGCUGUUGGCGCUGCUGGUGCCGCUGCUGGCGCUGCUGGCACCGGGCGCGCUGGCGUGCGCGGAGGCGGGCGCGCGCCUGCCGUGCCGCGCCGCGCGCCUGCAGCUCCUGCCGCCGCUGCACGAGCGCCUGCUGGCCGUCGACGUGUCGCACAACAACAUCAGCGCGCUGCCGCCCGACGCGCUGCUGGGCGCCGCCGCGCUGCGCGACCUCAACCUGUCCGCCAACCGCCUGCAGGCCGUGCCGCCCGGCGCGCUGAGCAGCGCGUCCCUCGCGCGGCUCUGGCUGGACGGCUGCGCGCUCGCCCGCCUGCCGGCGCUGCGCCUGCCGCGCCUGCACUACCUGUCGGCGGAGCGCAACUCGCUGUCGGAGCUGGCGGCGGGCGCGCUGGCGGACGUGCGCGCGCUGCGUGACCUGCGCCUGGCGCACAACGCGCUGGCGCAGGUGCCGGCCGCGCUGCGCGACACGCCGCGCCUCCGGACGCUCAACCUGUCGGGCAACCAGCUGACGGCGCUGGCGAGCUCGUCGCUGCCGCCGCUGCCGGCGCUGCACACGCUGAUCCUGAAGCGGAACCGCAUCACGCACAUCGAGGAGCGCGCAUUCCUGCACACACCCGCGCUGCGCGUCCUACGGCUCGAAGACAACCUGCUCGGCGAGUUGCCGCCCGCCAUUCAUCUGCUGCCGAUGCUCGAAGACUUGUCGCUGGCGAACAACCGAGUGGAGCGCGUGGAGCCCGGCCUGCAGGCGUGCGCGCGCCUCACGCGCCUGGAGCUGCGCGCCAACCCGCUGUCGCAGCUGCACCCCGCCGCGCUCACGCAGCUGCCCCGCCUCGCCACGCUCGUGCUGUCGGAGUGCCGCGAGCUGGGCGGCGUGCCGGCGCUGAACGGCUCGCUGCGUCUGCGCACGCUGCGCCUGGACCGAGCGCGCCUCACGCACGCGCCGCCCGACCUGUGCACGCACGCGCCGCAGCUGCGCGCGCUCGACCUGCGCUCCAACCAGCUGCGCAGCGUGCCCGAGUUGCGCAACUGCUCCGAGCUGCGCGUGCUCGAGCUGUCGGACAACCAGCUGGAGGCGCUGGACGCGGGCGCGCUGCGCGGGCUGCGACGCCUGCACGACCUGCUGCUGGCGCGCAACCGCCUGCGCCGCCUGCCCGCCGACGCCUUCCGCCACACGCCGCAGCUGCAGCUGCUAGAUCUCGAGGACAACCAGAUUGAGCACAUCGACAUGGAAACCUUCGUGCCAAUCUCCAAGCUGGAGGAUCUUAACGUGGGCAACAACCGCUUCCCCGUGCUCCCUGCCGCCGGCCUGCAGCGCCUGCUGCACCUCAAGGCGCACAACAACCCCGCGCUGCGCCGCUUCCACCCGCCGGAGCUGUUCCCCAGGAUACAGACGUUGGUGCUGUCGUACGCGUACCACUGCUGCGAGUUCCUGCCGCUGAUGGAGGGCGCGGCGGAGGCGGGCGCGGAGGCGGGCGCGGGCGCGGACGACGAGCACUUCAGCGACCUGGUGCUGCUGCCGCCCGCGCACGUGGACCUGGCGGCCUGGGCCAACGCCACCGACGUGUGGCCGCACUACCUGAACGCCACGGGCGCGUGGGGCGCGGCCGAGCUGCGGGCGGGCGGGAGGGGCCGCGUGCGCUGCGCGCCGCUGCCGGGCCCCUUCCUGCCGUGCGAGGACCUGUUCGACUGGUGGACGCUGCGCUGCGGCGUGUGGGCCGUGUUCCUGCUGGCGCUGCUGGGCAACGGCACCGUGGUGUUCGUGCUGCUGUUCAGCCGCUCGCGCAUCGACGUGCCGCGCUUCCUCGUCACCAACCUGGCGGCCGCCGACUUCUGCAUGGGCGCGUACCUGGGGCUGCUGGCCGUGGUGGACGCCGGCACGCUGGGCGAGUUCCGCGCGCACGCCGUGGCGUGGCAGAUGUCGGGCGGCUGCCGCCUGGCCGGCUUCCUGGGCGUGCUGUCCAGCGAGCUGAGCGUGUUCACGCUGGCCGUCAUCACGCUGGAGCGCAACUACGCCAUCACGCACGCCAUGCACCUCAACAAGCGCCUGUCGCUGCGCCGCGCCGCCGCCGUCAUGGCGGCCGGCUGGGCCUUCGCGCUGACGGCGGCGGCGCUGCCGCUGCUAGGCGUGUCGGACUACCGCAAGUUCGCCGUGUGCCUGCCCUUCGAGACGGGCUCGCCCGCGGCGCUCGGCUACGUGGCGGCGCUGCUGGCGGCCAACGGGCUGGCCUUCCUCGUGCUGCUGGGCUGCUACCUCAAGAUGUACUGCGCCAUCCGCGGCUCGCAGGCCUGGAACACCAACGACUCGCGCAUCGCCAAGCGCAUGGCGCUGCUGGUGUUCACCGACUUCCUGUGCUGGUCGCCCGUGGCCUUCUGCGCGCUGACGGCGGCGCUGGGCGCGCGCCUGGUGUCGCUGGAGCAGGCCAAGGUGUUCACGGUGUUCGUGCUGCCGCUCAACUCGUGCUGCAACCCCUUCCUCUACGCCAUCCUCACCAAGCAGUUCAAGAAGGACUGCGCGCUCGUGUGCAAGGCCAUCGAGGAGUCGCGCGUCACGCGCGGCAUCGGCCGCUGCCGCCACUCGUCCAACUUCAGCAACCGCCAGACGCCCGCCAACACCAGCAGCCUCGCCGAGCGCUCCGAGCGCGCGCCCUGCGCCUGCCGCCGCCUGCUGCCCGCGCCCGCGCCCGCGCCCGGCGGCGAGCGCCUGCUGCGCUGGCUGCGCGCCGUGGGCCGCCGCCCGCCCGCGCCGCCCGCGCCGCCCGCGCCGCCCGCGCCGCGCCGCGCCGGCUCCGUCAGCUCGUCCGUGGAGUUUUCGUCGUCGCGCUCCGACUCGUGGCGCGCCGGCCGCCCGGCGCCGCGCCGCGCCGCGUCGUGGCUGGUGGCGCGCAAGACGUCGCAGGACUCCAACCUGUCGUCGUCGCGCAACGACUCGUCGGGCUCCAACGCCACGGCGUCCACCGGCACGUGGCGCACGUCGCGCUCGGCCGGCGGCGCGCGCCCGCGCCUCACGCGCCAGCCCGCCGUGCAGGCCGAGGAGCCGCCGCCGUCGCCGGGCGCGCGCCUGCUGCACACCAUCCCGUCGGCCGCCGAGCCCGACGCGCCCGACGCGCCCCCCGCGCCCCACGCGCCGCACGCGCCCCCCGUCCACUAGUUCCGCACAGUAUUACGCGCCGCAGGAGGACUCGAUGUACUUAUUUAUUUAGACAAAUUUACAGGCUACCGUGUCGCCGCCGGCGCUGAAGCAGUAUUCGAUUGUAGAUAUAUAUACUCGUUAAAUAAUAUUACUGUAUCGCUAAGACUCCCGAUACGAUAGAUCACCUUUAGUCUGUAAGCUAGAUUUUAUAUGAAAGAGUUUAUACCGCAGCCGCCCGCCGCCGCCGGCCGAGACCGGCCGAGGCUCAUCAAAUAAAUCGAUAAUAUAAUCUUAUGACAAUAAAAGUAGGUGUUGAAGUUAACGGUUUUUACUGAAUGUAGUUGUCUGUCGGGAAACGUGUUCAGGGGCCCGCCGCCGGCGCUCCGUCAGUGUUUGCUCAGUUUAUCUUUCCUGCCUCUUUACCCGACUGAGGAUGUUGUUUUAGACAUUCGUUAACAAUUCGUAAGAAAUUUACGAAUUGUUACAAACAAUUCCCUUGCUGACAUCUCAGACAAAGUGAACUACUAAAACGAUAAUUCUGUCUCCGUGACCGAAGGUAGCUCGUCAGUGGUGAAGCGUUGGGUAAUCUCAUAUUUUUUUAUUUUUAACUAAAACAAAUCAGCGCCGGACUAUCGCACCUAGUGUUCCUAAAGACUCGAACCCUUUAGCCCUGAAGAGAGAACUCGGAGUCUUUUUUAGGGCUCGCCGAAUGGAGAGAGAGAUUAUUAAAAAAAAGACACCAUUUUGAAAUUUCGUAUUCAUGCAGUAUAUAUAGCAUAUUGAAGGGGUGCAUAGAAAGCUUAGUCCGCCAUAUUGAAUUUAGAGUGACGUCACAUUACUUUUCGAGUUACUCUCAGCAAGCCUUUUCAAAAAGCUAGUCCUAGAUUAGGGCUCCAAGUUCUAAGAACGAAGACUCGUUGAUAGAAUUACUCGAAGACUCGAAGCUAAAGAGCUAUUUGGUCUUUUAGCUCUCAAGGGGCCUAAAAACAAGCAGAGGUUUAAAAAAGAGCUAAAGGACUCGAGGUUUUUGGAUCACUAAUCGAACCUUAUGCUAAAUCAUUUAGCAUACGGUGUAAUCGAAAAUGGUACUAUCUUGAACAUCCGUGAACGGGAUGGAGUCUCUGAGACGUUGACCGCCGGAUAGGCAGUAACAUGUAUAUCCGCCGGAUAGGCAGUAACAUGUAUAUAGCGACAGACUGAAACCGAUUCAGAAUUCACUUGAGCUAAGAAUCCAACCCAGGACCUCUAAGCUUUUGAGUACAUUCCUAACUGCGAGAAGUCGUCGAGAUCAAACAUAUCUAUGUAUGAUCGAUUGUUUACACUGCCAUGACCAAACUCCCGCCCCCCCCCCCCACCCCCUGCUCGCCGGGUCUGAAGUGGGGAUUAUGGAGCCUGAUGCGGCUUCAGUCCUGGGCCUGGUUGUAGUGACGAUGAAACAGAUUAAAAAUACAGUAACGAUUUUAUAAAAAUAUAAUCGAUAUAAUAACAAACAUCGAUUUUAAAAUUUAUCAUGCAGGUAGGCAUAUUUUAAUACAAUAUAAAAUAUAUUGAUAAUGAUUUUAUUUAAUUGAAUACAACAUCCGAUGCACGACUUUUGAAAACGUACUUUGAACUCUGUCGCAUUAAUUUAAUUCAGUAUUGAACUGAUUCUGUGAUGUUUUUAAUUUGGAAAUUUAAAAAAAUAACUUUUUAUAUAGUUUAAAAAAAUAACUAUAUAUAUAUAUAAUAUUAUCGUUACAAUCAGGCCCAGAAAUCCCAGUCUUCUUUAAGUACCUACAUGUAAAGCUCAUUUGAUAGAUAAGUAGGUAUCUAUGUUUAAGUUUUAGAUGAUUUAUAGAUAUAUAUUAUAUAAAUAAUUUAUUGAUAGAGCAAAAAUAAGUAUUUUUGCAUUAAAUAAGAAGAAUACAAGGUUUCAUUAAGGAAUAUGCAUGUGGCUAUGACCAGUAUACUCAUGGUUACGGCCAUACACGUAACAAGUAGGCAGACACGGUCUCCGGACCGAGCGCCUUGCGCCUAUAGUCUUGAUAUCUCGCAGCAAGAUACCGUCUGCCUAUUUACUGCGUCUAUGAUUACAGCCAUAAAACAAUAUAUUUUUAAAUCUUGGGUACUUGGUUUAAAUUACGAAACCUACUAAAAAUGUGUCAAAUGUUUUUGUGAGCAAAUAAUAAUACUCGGUUUUUAACUUUUAUCAACUUAGCAAAGUUUGUAAUGUUACAAAUUGAUAAAAAAAAUAAUAAACUACGUGCAUAUUCCUUAGUUAUUUUGAUAAUUUAAUGGCCUAAAUAUGUAUAUAGGUAAAUAUGAUGUACCUAAAUAUUGUGUAAUUAAGUACUGAACAACAAAAUGAUUUUGUAUAUUAUGAUGUUAUGUAAUGUUGCGCUGCGGUGACUAUUUAUUGAUGAAUGAAGUGUGAUUUAUUUAUUUUAAUAAAUUAAACAAGUUUAUAAUAA